AUGAAUGAAUUUCCUCCACUUAACAUCACCGAAGGCACCACGUCAUGGGGCACGCGCUCGGGGGAAGUCAAUAUAAAAGCUGAGGGGCUGACGAAUCUCCUUUUAGUGACAGCAGCGACUUUUCUGGCUUCCUGCAGCUCAGCGAAGCUUGGCGGAAGUCAUGGGCAUGAGGGAAGGUCCUUUGGCAGAGGAGCUGCGUUCAGUGGCGGUCAUGGUUCUUCAGGGAUCGUCAGUACGGGGUACCUCGGGCCCGCUACUGGAGGACAUGGCCUCGUUGGGGCCACUGGAAUUCAUCAUAGCGGCCCUUCAGUAACUGCACAUGAACCUGUCAUUCCUAUAGGAAGACAUGUAGGAAGCGCGGUCCAUCAGAGUCCUGCUGUAGGACAUAUCGAUGGACAAGUCCAUGCCCGUGGGUUCGCAAGUGGAGGUCUCGUUGGGGGCCAGCCUGUAAUCCCAGGAGCAGUUGACCUUCGCUACGAUGGACCUGGUGGCCAACACAACGCCCUGGCAGGGAUCGGGGCAGAUGAAGCAGCACUUAUUAUCAAGGGAUCUUUUGAUUUCGGCCGCGACGACGACAUUAAAGGCAGCCGCGCUUCCUCCGGAGCCUUUAGAGGCGCACAUGUUGGAGGCUUCGGCGGUGCAAGUGACCAUGAAUCUUCCGAGGAAGACCAUGGAGGUGAGAUACUCGUCGGUAGUGAAUAUAGCGGAUCCGUUGGUGGAGGAUCUACUAUUAAAGGACAUUUCAGUGAGAUUCCUGCUGGUGAGGAACACAGUCUUAUCGGGGGAACUGUCGGAAGUGGACACGCUCUUUCUGGAAGCCAUUUAGCAGUUGGACAUGCUCUUACCGGUGGUCCAGUUGGAGGUGGACACGCUGUUUCUGGAGGACACGUAGUAGGCUCUACUACAGGUGCUUAUGCUGCUUCUGGAGGCCAAACUGGAGGAGGACAUGCUCUGCCUGCAAGCCAAGUAGCAGUUGGGCAUGCUCUUGCUAGUGGUUCAAUUGGAGGAGGACUUGCUGUUGCUGGAGGCCAUGCAGCAACUGGACACGCUCUUACUGGUGAUCUUAGGGGUGGACAAGCUGUCUCUGGAGGUCAGUUUGGAGGUGAACAUGCUGUUUCUGGAGGCCAAAUUGGAGGUGAACAUGCUCUUACUGGUGGUAUUGGAAGUGGACACGCUGUUUCUGGAGGUCAGGUAGCAGGAGGCUCUAUCGCAGGUGCAUAUGCCACUUCUGGAGGCCAAGUUGGAGGUGGACAUGCCGUUUCUGCUGGCCAAAUUGAUAGUGGAUACGCUGUUACUGUAGGCCAUGCUGGAGGUAGACAUGCCUUUUCUGGACCUGUCCUUUCCAGUGGUUCCAUUGCAGGUGGACACGCUCCCUCUGGAGGCGGAUAUUCCACUGGAAGCCCAUUUGGGAACACACAUGCUCCUUCUGGAGGCUCUGUUGGAGUAGUAGUUUCCACGAAUGGCAUUGCGGAAGGAUUUGACAUUCGUGGCAGUUCCUUUGAGGGGGGACACUCUCUCCCUGGGAGUUCCAUUGGAGCUCCAGUCGAUGCUAAAUUCCCCAUUGUUUUUGCUCAGAGACCGAGUGGAGGCGAUGCUUUCGGACCUUCACACGGAGUCGCGGCCAAUAUUCACGGCGCUGGUGGCAUACAUGGGAAACAUGGAGACGAACAUGUCAACGCACAUGAUGCAGGGGCUGCCUUCGGUGUAGGCCGCUACAGUGGUCCUGCAGUUGCCUUUGGAGGGGGAAACGUCGCCGAAGGAAAUUCUGCUGGCUUGGUUCCCUUAGGACACCGAGGAUCAAUUGUUGACGAUAAUGCUGCCCCUAUUACUGUGAGACAUGGUUCCUCUGUCGUAGGAAGCCAUGUAGCUGCUGUAGUUGCAGGACACAAACCAUCGGCUGGAGUUGGAAGAGGACCGUUCCUAGGAAGUCUAGUCAAAGGAUCUGCAAACAGACAUGGAAGCCUAGGUGGUUAUCAUGGUGGAGCAACUGCCAGGGUUAGCUUUAACUUCGGCGCUCCUCUAAGCAAGCAGACCUUGCCUUCAAAGGGGAGUCACGCCGGGAUCGGCAUAGACGGUUCUGGGGGCGUGAGGAGCAGCCACGGAGCUCCUGCCGCCGGUUAUGCUUAG